AAGUACCUGGCAAUAGAUCUAGUGCAUGUCGCACGAAGAAAGGACAAACAUCCUCGAAGACAUUUCGUGAGUACUCCCCAUUUGAUAGCUUUUCUUUUUUUAUCGUGGGUGCUUUUGGAAAUUGGGAUCACAGACCCCUGUGUCGUCCGAUAUUACUAAAGAAUGGUUCGAAAGGAAACAAGUUAGCUAACUGUCCCAAAAGUCGCCCAAUACCAGAUAUUUCUAGCGUAAAAUAUGGCUAGCUGCAAGGCAGGCUUCGUGUCCAUAUUAAACAAUGAUGACAAUCCAUCAUUCACAGUACGAUCAAGCCCUCGGUUGUGCAGGCCGCAUUCUACUUCAUCAUACCCUUAUCCGUCAGAGCCACGACGAGAGGCAUUAAACUCAUACUAUCGCUAUGGGUAUGCGCAUUCAGACUCUUUCCCAGUGAACCGGCAACAGUUCGAUCCCGUGUCGGAAGCCGCGCAGCCCACGUCCCCUGGGUCAUCCGACUGCUCUUACGACUACAUGAGCGCCGGACCCGGUUACUAUAUGCAGUCUCAUCGUCAGGAACCCCAUGUUUACCAAGCGCCGAACGCAGGAACCGCGACGACCAAUGCUGAGAAAAGACUCAGUGCUAACAGCGUAUCUGACCCUCCCUCCCCACCAGCAUCGAUUAGUGGAUCCAGGGAUGCCAUGGCAACCAAAGUAAACCGAAAGAACAAAUAUCCAUGCCCGUUUGCUGCUAGUCACAACUGUUCCGCUACCUUCACGACUUCGGGACAUGCGGCGCGCCAUGGAAAGAAGCACACUGGCGAAAAAAGCGUACACUGCCCGAUUUGCAACAAAGCUUUCACCCGAAAGGACAAUAUGAAGCAGCACAUUCGAACGCAUCGGACACACUCUGAAGAUCGGCCAACGGGUGUGACGGAGAAGGAUACUGAUGCAGGUAACCGGUGGCGUGUCAGGAGGGACAGCCCCGUGUACAACCACCACCGAUCCUCAAGCCAGUCCCAGAUGGAUGGGAAUGCCUACGACAGCAUGGCAACUAUGAGAUGAGCGCAAGUGACUGUGUCAGCGUUCGCAGCCACUUGAAACGAUGUCACCAUGGAUUUGAUGAGUAACACGUGUGAGGCGAACAUAUAUGAGCAAUCGAACUCUCUAGCAAUCUCCCAGAUCAGGGCAGUUGUGGGAGGCCAACCCUCCACCAUUAU